ACACAAUUGACAUCAGAUAUUGAACAGUUUUGUCAGUUUUCAGUGAUCUGUCCGAGCGAUGAGAUUACUCUAGCGUAUAGAUAAUCUCUUCGUAUUAGAAAUUCAUGAUAAUAUUAUAAGUUAAUGCGACUGCAACUAAUUGUUACAUAGAAACACCUUAAUCAAUAUUAAUAUAUAAGAUCCUGAAAAAAAUUGGGAUGGCAUUCCUAAUACUAUUAUUAAUCAGCAGGCUAAUAUUUUGCGACGCAUCAAGUCUUCAUACAGUGAACAACUUUUCGGUAAAGGAUUCCGACAUUAACAAACAUCAUAUACUGGAUGACAAAAUACCAGAACGCAAUGUCUCUAACAUCAUUAAUUAUCGUUUAUCAAAUAAUAUAAUACCGGAUCACUAUUUUAUCAACCUAUCUCUAACAAAUGUGAAAGAUUACAAAAUAAUUUCUAUCUCCGGGAUAAUCAGUAUCGAUUUCAGGAUCAUUCAUCCGACAAAAACUAUAAAUUUUCAUGCACAAAAACCUUAUAUAAAAAUUUAUAAAUACAUAUUUUUUCAACGACAUUAUUCACGCAACGAGUAUGUAAGGACUAAACUAGUGGAUAUAUCAUACAAUCCUUUGUCUCAUAUUUCCGUUCUAUAUUUUGCUAAAGAACUAUCACAAGGACAUUAUACUCUGAAAAUGGAGUUCGACUGUAAUGUAGAUGACGAGAUGGAAAGCUUCUUCCAAACAACGUACAUAGACAAUACAGAAAAAAAGUGGAUGGCCGCUACACGUUUUCAUAAAAUUGGUGCUCGACAAAUAUUUCCAUGUUGGGAUGAACCGGAAUUAACAGCUACCUUUCAGAUUGCAAUACAACAUCGUUCAAAACACAUGGUUUUAUCGAAUAUGCCAGUGAAUGAGACAAAAAUAAUUAAUGAUAAAAGAAUGUGGAGCAUCUUCAAAGUUACUCCAAUAAUCUCUACUCAUCUCGUGGCAUUUAUGGUGUUCAAUCCGAUUUAUAAACAUCCCCAAGAAGAAAUAUUGUCGCCAUUUUAUUUAAGAUUUGCACAAUAUAUUUCUUAUGAAAUUGCGUAUAAUGUGCAAUUUAUCUGGUAUAUAUUAACAGAUGUUAAAAAAAAUCAGCAUGUUGCAAUUCCAAACUUCCCAGACAAGGUUGUAGUGAACUGGGGGCUUAAUUUUUAUAGAUUAUCCGAUAUUAUCUAUGAAGAAGAAAAAGAUCCUGUAAUGCGUAAAAUAGAGGUAGCGCAUUUAUUGGCAUACAAAAUAAUGCAACAAAUGCUUUAUAAUCUGGUCAGCCCGUCCUCGUGGUCUUCUCUUUGGUUGAACGAUGGUAUUCCUAUGAUGCUUGGAAUUCAAAUUAUCAAUAAGAUUCUCCCCAAGUUGCAAAUAAUGGAUUUGUUUACAUUUCAAAAUCGAUACGAAUCUCUUCAUUUGGAUUGCGGUCUUUUGAAGCCUCUAACAUCGAAAAUUAUCGACACCUCUGAAACUAAUUCAAUUUUCUCAUAUCCCUAUUAUGCGAAAGCUUUUACAAUAUUAAACAUGAUGCGAAACAUACUUUCCAAUUAUAUUACUCGACAUGGUAUUAAAAAAUACUUUCGAAACUAUAAAUAUAAAACUGUAAGUCUCGACAAUUUCUGGUCAGCUAUGCAAAGUGUUUACAAUAAACAUCGGAAUCAUUCAUUCUACAAAUAUAUAAAUGUAGCACGAAUAAUGCAUUCUUGGACAACUCAAUCGCAGUAUCCUGUACUAAAAAUUAAACGAGAUCAUCAGGAUACCACAAAGAUCAUAAUAUCGUUAGAAAAUUUAAAUGAAUCGCAUCUGGAGACUGAUUGGUGGAUACCUGUAAGCAUUCGUACUACUGAGAAAUCAUGGGGUUCAUCUACGAUUGAUAAUGGCACUACAUUUCAGCAACUUUCCAGUAAACCGAUAAUAAUCAAAUUUCCAAUACAAGAUAACGAAAAAGAUAUUAUCAAAGAAUUACUCAACUUAUCGGUUAGAGGAUAUUUUCGUGUCAACUAUGAUAUUCCAAUAUGGCAUAGGAUUAUACAUUUUUUGGUUCCUAAAGAUUUAAGAAAUCCUCAUAAACGAAUAAAAUUGCCUGUCUUAAGUAAGGCAAACUUAAUCGAUGAUGCGUUCCACUCCAUGAUAGCAGGCCAACUCAAUUCCGAAAUAUUCUGGAAAAUGUCAAAAUUUCUAAAGGCAGAAGUAGAAUACAUAACAUGGUAUCCCAUGUUCAAAGCUUUUGAAUAUAUAUCAAGAAUUCUGCCACUUAAAUUUUACAAAGCCAACAAAAUAAAGAACGAUAUACAGAAUUUAUUCCUUGUAAUAACUACAAAGAACAUAAAUUUUAAAGAAUAUAGCAAAAAUGAUGAUCUUACUAAGUGUUUGAAGCAAGAAAUUGCAAAAUGGGCGUGUGUUUUUGAUUACAAGGAGUGUAAAAAGAGAGCCAAUAAUGAUUUGACAAGGCAUAUUAAGUCUCCUUCUAGGAACAGGAUUUUGCCGUGGUGGAAAACAUGGACAUUCUGUCACGGUAUGGGUCACGACUACGGUAUGUGGUCAAAUGUAUUACAUUUAUGGCUCGAAUCAUCUGAUGCAAAGGAAUCUAGUAGAAUUUUAGAAUUUUUGUGUUGCACUACAAAUGAAGCGGCAAUCAAAUUGAUGCUAAGAAAGGGAGACGAUCCAAAUCUUACUGAAAGACCUACCUUUUCAAGUUUACAAGUUAGAGACCAUAUUAAAGUGUUUUCUUUACUUAUUACAAAGCAUGCACAGAAUUAUAAAGUGCUUUACUAUAUAUUAUCUAAUUUUGAGAAGCUUAAACCUAGAGAGAUAAGUACAGUUGCAGCAUUAAUUAAUAUUAUUAAUAACGUCUAUAUAAAUAUACAACUUCGACAGAUAAAAACUUUGUGUUUAACAACCUGAAAGAACUAUAUCCGAAAGUUCAACAGAAAAUAAUAAUGCGUUGGGAUCAAAUUAAAACUCUAUACAAUGAUCUGAAACGUUUAUGAUAGAACAGAAUGACUAACUAAUACGAGACAAUAAAGAAUAACAACUGCCACAAUUGUACAUAUUAUGAAUAAGUAUUCAUAUCAUUAUUUUAGUCUUGAUUGGAUACAUUACUUU